CAUGAACCGGGUUGGCAUUAUUUCUAAUAAUUUGAUGUGAUUUGACACAGUAACUAUGAAUUAUAUCAAUGUUAAUGCUACUACGCCACACUUUCUGUACCCCUCCAUGAACUAAAAGUUAUCCCCCACCAUCAGAACCGGGUGACUCAAUCUUCGAAAUUACAGUGCUGUAGCUGGUAAGAGUCACACAACAUCUACCUAUAUCAAUUCGAGGUGCAGGUCAUUGCUUGAAGCCCUCAGUAUACGGGCUUCAUUCAGUCAUCUCCGGCACGACGUUUAGACUCGCGGUUCGAGCACUGAGGGUGCGAUCUGUUUCUCCAAGAGCAAGCCGACCCUUAACAACCACGCGAGUAAAUAUGGCGACCAACAGUGGCCGAGGAAACCCAAGUUUGAUACAGCCUUCUGGAUCAACAAUGCUGAUACUAAUCAUAAAAUCAUAGUCGCCGCCAGCGAGGGCAUUCAGGACGCUACCAGCACCCCUCCAGCCGUUCCCGCCGCGGAGAAGAAGGAGAUUGUCGAGUCUGCCACCGGUGCACACGCUACAGGUCAGGAUGCCGGCGCAGCAGCCACCGCCGGUGCGCCCAAGGUGAAGACCGAGAAGGAGUUGGAAAAAGAACGAAAGAAGGCCGAGAAACAGGCCAAGUUCGAAGCAAAGAAGCAAAAGGCUGCUGCCACCGCCCCCAAAGCUGCCAAAGAAAAGAAGCCUAAGGAAAAGAAGGUCGAGGAGGAGCCUCUCCCCGAAUACGUCGAAGACACCCCCGAGGGCGAGAAGAAGCGAAUUCGAUCAUUUGAAGACCCCCAUUUCAAGGCUUACAACCCCAUUGCGGUCGAGUCUGCAUGGUAUAGCUGGUGGGAGAAGGAGGGUUUCUUCAAGCCCGAGUUCAAGCCCGAUGGCAGUGUCAAGGACGAGGGCAAGUUCGUCAUUGUUCACCCUCCUCCCAAUGUUACUGGUGCUCUGCACAUGGGUCACGCUCUCGGUGACUCCCUUCAGGAUCUCAUGAUUAGAUGGAACCGUAUGCAAGGCAAGACUACCCUGUGGUUGCCCGGAUGCGAUCAUGCUGGCAUCUCUACGCAGAGCGUUGUUGAGAACAUGCUUUGGAGAAAGGAGGGCAAGACAAGACAUGACCUUGGCCGUGAGGAAUUCGUUAACACUGUCUGGAAGUGGAAGGACGAAUACCACAAACGCAUCAACAAGGCCCUGACCAGUCUGGGAGGAUCUUUUGACUGGAGCAGAGAGGCUUUCACCAUGGACAAGAACUUGUCUGCCGCCGUUACAGAGACCUGGGUCAAGCUUCACGAGGAGGGAACUAUUUACCGAGCAAACCGACUUGUUAACUGGUGCACGAAGCUUAACACUGCACUUUCCAACCUUGAAGUCGUCAACAAGGAGUUGACAGGCCGUACCCUGCUCGAAGUCCCUGGAUACGACAAGAAGGUCGAAUUCGGCGUCAUUGUCCACUUCAAGUACCCCAUUGAAGGUUCCGAUGAGCUUGUCGAGGUCGCCACCACCCGUAUUGAGACUAUGCUUGGUGAUACCGGCAUUGCUGUCCACCCCAAGGACGAGAGGUAUAAGCACCUUAUCGGAAAGACUGCCAUCCACCCCUUUAUCGAGGGCCGCAAGCUACCCAUCAUCGCCGACGAGUAUGUCGACAUGGAAUUCGGUACCGGUGCCGUCAAGCUUACUCCAGCUCACGAUCCUAACGAUUUCACUCUCGGCCAGAAGCACGGCCUUGAGUUUAUCAACAUCUUGACCGACGAUGGUCUUAUGAACGAGAACACCGGCGCUUACAAGGGCCAGAAGCGAUUCGAUGUCCGUUACGCUAUCCAGGAUGAUCUCAAGGCCAAGGGUCUAUAUGUUGACAAGAAGGACAACGCCAUGAAGGUCCCUCUGUGCGAAAAGUCCAAGGAUAUCAUUGAGCCUCUUCUGAAACCCCAAUGGUGGGUCCGCAUGAAGGAACUCGCUGAGCCUGCCUUGGCUGCUGUUCGAGACGGACGCAUUAAGAUCCGACCAGAGACUGCUGAGAAGAGCUACUUCCGAUGGCUUGAGGACAUCAACGACUGGUGCAUCAGCCGGCAGCUCUGGUGGGGUCACCGAUGUCCCGUCUACUACGCUAAGAUCGAGGGCGGCGCUGGAGAUAUCCCUGAGGAGAAGCUCUGGUUUGCCGGCCGAACACGAGAGGAGGCUGAGGAGAAAGCUAAGGCUGCACUCCCUGGCAAGACAUAUACACUUGAGCAAGAUGAGGAUGUUCUCGACACAUGGUUCUCUUCUGGACUCUGGCCCUUCAGCACCCUCGGCUGGCCCAACAACACCCACGACCUCCAAACUCUCUACCCCACAGAGGUCCUCGAGACAGGUUGGGAUAUUCUCUUCUUCUGGAUUGCCAGAAUGAUCAUGCUCGGUCUCAAGAUGACGGGCGAUAUCCCAUUCAAGGAGGUCUAUUGCCACAGUCUUGUUCGAGAUUCAGAAGGUCGCAAGAUGAGUAAGAGUUUGGGUAACGUCGUUGAUCCCCUGGAUGUCAUCUCAGGUAUCCAGUUGCAGUCUCUCCACGACAAGCUUCUGCAAGGUAACCUACACCCCAGCGAGGUCACAAAGGCCACCAAGUAUCAGAAGACUGCCUUCCCUGAAGGUAUCCCCCAGUGUGGUGCUGAUGCCCUGCGAUUCACCAUGGUCAACGCCACAACCGGUGGUGGUGAUAUCAAUCUGGAUGUCAAGAUUAUCCACGGAUACCGCAAGUUCUGUAACAAGAUCUUCCAGGCUACCAAGUAUGUUCUGGGAAGUCUCCCCAAGGACUUCACUCCCUCGACGUCAGGGGUUGUCCGUGGCGAAACUCUUGCCGAGCGGUGGAUUCUUCACAAGAUGAACACCGCGGCCAAAGAGAUCAACCGUGCUCUUGAGGAUCGCGAGUUUUCCAAGUCAACAUUGAUCGUCUACCGCUACUGGUACAACGAGCUUUGCGAUGUCUACAUCGAGAACUCAAAGGCCAUCAUCCGUGACGGUACUCCAAAGGAGCGUGAGUCUGCUAUCCAGACUCUCUAUACUGCUCUCGAGGCCGCUCUCACCAUGAUCCACCCUUUCAUGCCCUUCAUUACUGAGGAGAUGUGGCAACGAAUGCCCCGACGACCUGAGGAUCAGACCAAGUCUAUCAUGGUCGCGAAGUACCCCGUCUACCACGAGCAGCUUGAUGACCCCGAGUCUGAGCGCGCUUACGAGCUUGUUCUAGGCUGCUCCAAGGCUGCUCGCUCACUGAUGGCUGAGUACGCCCUCAAGGAUGAGGCUGAGGUUAUCAUCCAGGCUUACAACGAUACUGCUCUCACUACCGUUAAGGAGCAGUCGUCUUCUAUUAAGACCUUGAGCGGUAAGGGUAUCAAGGGAGUCGAGAUCCUCACCCCCGAUGCUACUAGACCCGCCGGGUGCGUCGCCUAUCCUGUCUCAACCGAGGCCUCCGUUUUCCUUCACGUAAAGGGCCGCGUUGACCUCGAUGCUGAGAUCGCCAAGGCGCAGAAGAAGCUCGACAAGGCCAAGAGCAGCAUCCAAAAACAGGAGAAGAUUCUCAAUGAUCCUGGCUACCUUGAGAAGGUCUCAGACGCCGUCCGCGAGACAGACGAGAAGAGAUUGGCAGAUGCCAAGCAAGAGCUCAACAGCUUCGAGGAGACUAUCAAGCAGUUUGAGCAGCUAAAGCUGGAGUAGAUAAGAUAAGAUAAAAGGAAGACAUGUGAAAGAGUGUGUGCUUUGCAAUGAGUGUGCUUCAGAUGUAGAAAAGAAUUCAUGGGAGAUGUGGAAGUGAUAUUUAUAAAUGGGUUCACUCUGCGGGUUCUUUCUUCUAGUUGAUGAGACUAAUGAAUUUUUCCAUUGCAAUGAUUUUAUGUCGCCUAAAUUAUUGUUCAGUAUCAGUUUCUACCAGCCUCCUUUCCCAAGCCCUUCUUCCUUAUCUUUCCUUGAUCCUCCGCCGUCACCACGUACUGGUUUUGACUGUGCGGCCUCAUGUCUCUUCAGCUCUUCUGGCACCUUGGAGAUGGAGCUCUUGCUGAGGAUUUGCUUGAGAUCGUACAUGGUAUCAGCGUCCUCAGGACCCAGAAACGUAAUGGCAACACCACUCUUGCCAGCACGACCUGUUCGACCGAUACGAUGUGUGUAGCUAUCGAUUUUAGGGGCCAUAUUGAAAUUGACGACGAGGGAGACAUCGGGAACAUCGAUACCACGGCCAGCAAGAUCAGUCGCAACGAGGACUUGUGUCGUGCCGUUGCGCACUGACUGGAGAGAAGCUUCCCGCUGUUCCUGAGUCUUGGAACCAUGGAGUGUGGCAACCGUCCAGCCCAUCUGCUUGAUAUCGCGGGCGACAGCAUCACAGUUGCGCUUGAUGUUGACAAAGACAAUGAUGGGUGGCGCAAAAUCAUUCGAGGCAAGUAUCUCCUGCAGACGCUUCUUGCGACGGUCCUCACCGGGAAUGAACUCGACACGCUGCUCGACAGUGUCAACGGCUUCGCCUGCGUUACCAAUGGUGACGAUAGCUGGACGGCGGAGGUAUUUCUUCGCAAUCUUUUCCACCUGAGGCGGCAUAGUUGCUGUAUACAUCAUAGUCUGUCUGUAACGAUCGUUUCCACCUAAAUAACGCUUCAUUUUUGUUGCAUCUUCGGCAUCUUCCGUAUCCGGCUUCUCGUUGUUAACAGGUAGUGCUUCGAGAAUCCUGUUAACAGGUUCUUCAAAACCCAUGUCGAUCAUACGAUCUGCUUCAUCCAUAAUGACAUAGCAACAUUGUGCUAGGACGAGCACUCGUCGAUCGAGACAGUCAAUAAGACGACCCGGUGUAGCAACGAUAAUCUCAGCACCAUCGCGCAUGUUGUAUAUUUGUUCCUCGAUAGAGUGGCCACCGACAAUGCUCACAACGCGAAAGCCGAGAGGACCAGCAAACUUCCUGGCUUCAGACUCGAUCUGCUGCACCAGUUCUCGAGUCGGGGCCAUGAUGAGAGCGUAGGGGCCGUCGUUCUUAUUGAGCUCGUCAAGGGGCGGUAGAUCAGAGAUAUAGACUAACAGCGGUAGUAGGAAGGCGGCUGUCUUUCCGGAACCAGUGACAGCUACACCGAUGAGAUCGCGGGCUUGCAGCGCGAUAGGGAUUGCAGCUCGUUGAAUGGGCGUCGGCUCCUUGUAACCCACAUCCUCGACAAUGUUGAGUAAGCGCUUAGGGAGAUUCGAUUCUUGCCAGCUGCGCAUGGGGUUCGGAAUCAUGCCACCCUUUGUAGCGAUUCCAAAAUCUUCUUUGAAAAUACGCCAAUCCCGCUCGCGCAUAUCUUCUAAAGACUUUUCAGACCAUCGCUUGCCCAGUCCUGUUCGAUCAGCUCGUUGUCUCGCUUUGUCGCGUGCUCGGAAGAAGUCUUCCAUGAUGCCCUUUGCUCUCUCUUUUCCAUUCUCUGGAUCUCUCUGCUCUAUCAUUCGAGCUCGUUUGCGAGCGCGCUCCUCGGCUUCAUCGUCGAAUUCUCCACCAACACCGGCGAAUGAUCCAUUGUGGUUGACGGCCUGUCGAGUAUAUAAGGGAUCGUUGUCGCGCGACGUGUCUUCAUCAGCGUCCCACUCGAAAUUGAACUUUUUCUCUGUCGUUCGCAUUCGUUUCUUCUUCGCCGAAAAGUUGGACUGUUGGUUAACUUGGGGCCCCAGGUAUCGUGAUCGGAGGAGAGUGGCCUCGAUAUCCUCUGCAGACUGCUUAUCCGCAGCCUGUUUAUCUCCCUUCCGACCUUCUCUCCCCCUGCCCCUCCCUCGCCCUUGGUCUCGAUAUCCGUCUCGAUCACGGCCAUUCUCCUGAUUCAUAGCCUUGGGGCCCGUCGGUACGCGCGAUGAUCCAUUCGUAGAAUCGUUGUGCCUUGAAGAGCCGUUCGAUCUGGCGGCCCAUUUUUGCUCUUCCUCUCGCCGUUUCUGCGCGUCUUCGGAAGCCUUGCGCUUCUGCUCGUCUUCCUUCUUCUUUGCCUUUUCAGCUGCUAGUCGCUCCCGUUCGGCCUUGGGGAUGAACCUAGGCUUUGCGGCGGCGGCAUCUGCAGCCUUCUUUUGCCGCAAGAUUUCUUCGAUAUCGAGAGGCAUUUUUGUGUGAUGGGAGAAAAGAAACAAUAGAGCGAUAUGUUAUUACGAGAUUUCUAUUAGGCAGUCGCCCACCACAAAUAGAAGUGAUGACUGAUGAUUUGCUGUUGAAUGACAGAGUUG